GGAGGUAGGGAGUAGGGGCACAGGGGCGUCCCCUAGGUCGUCUGGGACUUACUCCGCAGCCCCGCCCCACCCCGCCCCUGCCGGUAGCUAUAAGACUGAGUAGCUGGCGGGUGGCGGCGCAGGCGAGUAGCUAGCGCUCAGGAUCGGCCAGGAGCGAGGCAGAGCCAGCGGAGCCGACCGCAGUGCAGGCGGUAGCCACCAGGGCCGACACCUCGCAGCAUCUCUGCUUCGCGUGUCACUGAGCCACGUCUCCAUGAAGCCGCCCUCGGCGCAGAGCAGUCCCGCGGCGGUCGCAGCCGCAGCCCCGGCCAUGGACUCGGCGGCGGCUGCAGACCUGACGGACGUGCUGUGCGAGUUCGACGCGGUGCUGGCCGACUUCGCGUCGCCCUUCCACGCGCGCCACUUCCACUACGAGGAGCACCUGGAGCGCAUGAAGCGGCGCAGCAGCGCCAGCGUCAGCGACAGCAGCGGCUUCAGCGACUCCGAGAGUGCGGACUCACUGUACAGGGACAGCUUCACCUUCAGUGACGAGAAGCUGAAUUCUCCGACCGACUCCACUCGGGCUCUCCUGUCCUCCACUGUCACUCCUCGGAAAGCCAAAUUAGGUGACACUAAAGAGCUCGAAGACUUCAUUGCUGAUCUGGACAGAACCUUAGCAAGUAUGUGAAGCAAGGAGUUUGGGGUCCAGAAGGCUCCGAGGACCUGGCAAAUUGGCUACUAGAGUCUGCUGUGGGAGGGGGCAGAGCCGAGGCUCCUGACGUCUGGCCAUUCUUGGUCCACCGUAACAUUAGCCAUUGGGCCCAUCUCUGGGCAGUUCAGACGGUGAAGCUGGCUUGGUUUACCCACCUGCAGCAUAUUCAACAGAUGAUCCAUCUAAUGUGUUUUUACUCCUUUAAACAUAGCUCUUCUAUAAUUUAAAAUGCUUUUUAUGGAAAUAUUUGUAAUUACUUAUAUAUAGUUGGAGGUCAUAAUAAGCUUUCCCAUCAUAAUAUAUUUUUGUAUACAAAUAAAAUUUAAACUGGGAUCUGUA